AUGGCUGGCUUCAACAGACCCACUAGGUUUGAAGGCGAGAUGCGCAACCUCGAAGUUGUCGGAACCAUCCCCAAGUCCAUUGCAGGCACGUAUUUUCGAGUAAUGCCCGAGCCUUACCAUGUGCCGUUUUGGCUCAAUGGCGAUGGCGCCGUGUCUUCGUUCCGCAUCAAGGACGGCAACAUCGACUUCAAGCAGCGCUUCGUCAGAACGGAAAAGUUCCGAAUUGAGGGUUUAGCAAACAGGGCUCUGGUCGGCAAGUACCGGAAUCCAUACACCGAUCUUGUUGAGUUCUUGGACCGCACCACGGCCAACACAACCGUCAUUCCGUUCAAAAACGUCAUUCUCGCCCUCAAAGAAGACAGCAGGCCAUAUGCCCUCGAUCCCCGGACCCUUGAAACCAUCGGCGUCUUUGACUUUGACGGCCAGUUGGAGAGCGAAACCUUCACCGCACAUCCCAAAUAUGACGCUACCACGCGAGAGCUACUUGCGUUUGGUUACGAAGGCAAGGGAAUUGGGACUCCUGAUAACUUUUACAUGUCUAUCGACGAGCAUGGCCGUUUUACCGAAAAGGUUUGGUUUAAAGCUCCAUUCUGUGCCUUUCAACACGACAUGGCCUUUACGGAUAACUGGGUCAUAUUCCCACUUGGUCCGCUUGAAUGCAUCGUCGACAACCUCAAGAAGGGCGGUAACCACUGGCUGUGGACCGAUCGCGGCCAUGCGAUUGGAAUCCUCCCUCGACGCGGGGCCAAGUCAUCCGACAUCAAGUGGUUUGAGGGCCCAAACUGGAUCACUGGGCACGUCGCCAACGCCUGGGAACAAGACGGCAAGGUCCAUGUCCAGAUUGGCGUGUCCAAGGAGAAUGGGUUCGGUUUCUUCCCCGACAAAGACGGCAAAUGCCCCCCGCAGGAAUCACCAGGAGUGGCACCGUAUCUGCAUGAAUGGGUAAUCGAUCCUCAUUCAGACAAACUCAAGCUGGACCCGCCAACCCAGGUUAUUCCCAACGCUGCCGAGUUCCCCCGCAUCGAUGAUAGGGUCAUGGGAAAGAAGCAACGCUUCACUUACGGGAAUCUCAUGGAUUUCACCCCCGGAGUAACCGACUGGGAGUACUCUAAGCCGCUCAUGGGCAAAGCCAUUGGGCACAUGAACACGCUCUACAUGCACGACAGACAGACAGGGGAGGUCAAGAAAUACCACCGUGGCCCCCGCCACUUCUUUCAGGAACCACAGUUUAUCCCUCGCUACCCCGAAGCACCGGAAGGCGAUGGGUACCUGGUUGCGCUGGUGAGCGACUUCGACGCCAUGGCCAGCGAGCUGGUCGUCAUCGAUUGUGACGAUUUUGAAAACCAUGUUGCCCUCGCCAAACUUCCCGUCAGGCUUAGACCAGGGUUCCACGGCAGUUGGGUGGACGAUGUCGAUAUCGAAGGCCGACCCGAGCCUGCUGCUGGCUUCACACUGGCUCGCCGGCCUCUGGCGAAAGAAACCCAAGGCGGAAAAGUGUCAAGCAUAGACCGAAUAGCUACCACAGAAGUCCUCUAUCCAUCUCGAUCUCAAAGGCUGUCAAUUAUGCCCGGCGAGUAA